GAAGCAACUUUAACUUCGCACGUUAGAAGAAAACAUUGCAAUUUUUUACUCGUUUAUCCGUAAAAUAUGCCUGAAGAAGAGAGCCCUGUGGUUGAUUCCUUCACCCCUAUAAACUUAGGAAGGACUCUGGCUAUAAUAAAACCAGAUGCGAUCGAUAAACGAGACGAAAUAGAGGAAAUUAUACAACAACAUGGAUUCAGUAUUUUACAGAAACGACAAGUGCACCUCACACCUGAACAGACUAGUGAUUUCUAUGCUGAGCACUAUGGUAAAAUGUUCUUCCCAAGUUUGGUGGCUUACAUUAGCAGUGGACCAAUUGUGGCAUUAGUUCUUGGUCGAGAAGAUGCCAUUUCAUAUUGGAGACAGUUGAUUGGUCCAACAAACACUUUAAAAGCAAGAGAUCAAGCACCUGAGAGUUUGCGAGCGAUAUACGGCACAGACAGUCAACGAAAUGCACUCCAUGGCAGUGAUAGCCCUAUCAGUGCUGAAAGAGAGAUCCAUUUCUUUUUCCCAAAUUGUAUCGUCGAGCCAGUAUCGUAUGGCCAGGAUGCCAAAGAUUAUCUCUCUCGAACCAUCAACAGCACCAUGAUCAAAGGUUUGACUGAGUUAUGCAAGAAAAAACCUGAAGAACCACUCUUAUGGCUUUCCGACUGGCUCAUCGAGAACAACCCUAACAAACCAAGAAUAAACCAACCAGGAUAUCAGGUAGAAGAACCCGAUGACUGAUAUAUAGACUUGAGACAAUUCUCAAUAUAAAAUAGCGCGAUAUUGCUUGUAAAUGUUGUCUUCUAUAUGUGGACAUACUACUUUCGUGUGGUAGUUAUACGGAAGAAUUGUGGAAGAAAUAUUAUGUAAUAUUCUAUACGCUUUGUAAAUAAAUG